GUCGCACCAGCAGCAACAAAACGACACACGUCCACGGAGGCUGAGAUCCGAUGAUACUCCGUUUGUCAACCUUCACUGAGCGGCUCACUAAUUCAAGAAAAUGAUUCCAGAGUUAUCCAACCCCUCCGUGUGUAUGAGGGACCCUCAGAGGGUCCAGGAGAUACUCCAGUCCAUGUUGAAGGCUGGAUCCAACACCCUGCAGGUGAUCUCAGAUUUUGACAUGACUCUGACGAGAUUUGCACACAAUGGCAAAAGGUGCCCCACGUGUCACAAUAUUCUUGAUGACAGCAAACUCAUCUCCAACGACUGCAAAGUAGAGCUGAAGAAGCUGCUCAGCACUUACUACCCUAUAGAGAUCGACUCUUCGCGGUCAAUAGAAGAAAAGCUGCCGCUUAUGGUGGAGUGGUGGACUAAAGCUCAUGGACUACUGGUACAGCAGGAGAUCAGGAAAGACCUGCUGGCCAUUGUGGUGGGGGAGUCCGAAUCCAUGCUGAGAGAGGGCUACCAGCUCCUUUUUGACCACCUGUAUGAGCACAGCAUCCCUCUACUCAUCUUCUCUGCUGGAAUAGGAGACAUCCUGGAAGAGGUCAUUCGCCAGGCGGGGGUCUUCCACCCCAACGUCAAAGUCCUCUCCAACUACAUGGACUUCGAUGAGACUGGAGUGCUGAGGGCCUUCAAGGGAGAGCUCAUCCACAUCUACAACAAAAGAGAAGGGGCGCUGCUCAACACCGGCCAUUUCCAGGAGCUGCGUACGCGGCCCAAUGUGCUGCUGCUGGGAGAUUCUCUGGGAGACCUGACCAUGGCUGACGGGGUGCAGGACAUGGAAAACAUCCUCAAGAUCGGGUUCCUCAAUGACAAGGUGGAGGAGAGGAAACCGUCUUACUUGGACUCGUAUGACAUUGUGUUGGUGAACGACGAGAGCUUGGAAGUCCCGAAUGCCUUGCUGCUCUUCCUUACUGGCAACAAGUGACGAGAGGAUGCCAGCGGCCCGUUUGUGUCUCACCAGCUGAGGGAGGCCUCUCCUCUCGGCCAGCUGAAUAUUUACAGCCGACUCUGGAUGUUUCGUGAUCAUUUUAUUUCACAAAAUGAUUCACCUGUCCACUCGUUCACAUCCCCUUUUUAUAUCUGUGUCCAUCGGCCCGGCUCGUGUUUGUGGUCAAACUUUAUUUGCACCGUCAUGCAGCAUGUACAGAGUGUGUGUGCUUCUGGGUGUUUGUUUGGGGGAGGAUAUUAGUUUGUUUGUUUGUCUUCAUGUAGGACGUAAUGAAGAGAAAGAAAAAGACACAACUUGUCGGGCAGCGCUUCACUCAGCAUCUGGUUUGAAUCUGGAGUCCAGCCUUUUAAAUAAAGCUUAUUUUAACCUGAAA